AUGGAGAUUCAGAUCAAGAUGAGACGAUGGGUGGAUGCUAAGCCGUCUGGCCAUCCGGAUGACCUCAUGUCGGCCUACCUUCGUAAGGCUGCAGCUGCCAGGUCCUCUUCUAGUUCUCCAGUGCGACAAGCGACCCGCGACAACCCAAAGGGGCCUCCGAGUCCGCCAUGGCUACACAGAAGAUGUCACCGGGCCGCCAACCAUCCCGUCAGGCCCCUCUGCUGGUAUGCCCGGGCUGUAGAGGCUGUUAGAAGAAAGGCAAGACUGCCAGAAGCCUUCUUCGGAACGCCAGCACGCCAUCAAUCAUCUUGCAACAAACUGCCCUACACCGGACCGUGGUGUGCCACGGGUGUGCCACAGCGAUUGGUGACCCGCCGUUGGCCCGAGGAAGAGGGAGCACUGCCGCUGGAAACACCCCCUGCUCAACACCAAACACUGGACCAGACAGGCUGUCCGCUUUCCGUCGCAUUUCCAGUCAUCACAACUCGCUUCUACCGUCGAUCACGGACCCCUAAACCCCAAACCCCCAUGGAAGACGAGAACCAUUGUCACGAAGCCACCGGCAACCAGCGAGAACGUUCUCAAACUAUCGUUUGUAGAAUAUCACAUCGGUAUCGAUCUGAGGAUGUUACCGAUUCCUGCGCUGCUGAGACUGUUCCGGUUUUUGGAUCGUCGCCGUACUGGGUAGAGAGGAUCGGCGCUUCUAUUCCAAGAUUCGCAUGGCCCUCACGUGCAGCAAUUUCUUCUCGAUUAUUGAGGACGCCUGCCAGGACCGCAUGGCGUCGCCUGGACCUCAAGAGAUAUGUCACUUUGCUGGGUCUAUUGGUUGUUGAUCGAGUACGGCUUGCGGAGCGGCAUCAGUGUGGACGCCGUACGCUAGUGUACAGGUCUACGUACACCAACUGUCGUGAAGUGAAGCAGGGCAUCUGUUUCCACGUCGUGGAUGAGGAAGAUCAGGUAGUUUGUGCGGUAGCCCACAUCCAAGGAGCUGCUAUAAGGUUUGAGGAAGAACUGACUCGGCCAACUCGGGGGUCCUUCACUGACAUCGAGUCUCGACCGUUUUGGUCUCUGGAGAUCGAUCAACCUUGGCGAGCCUACUCGGCGUCUCAAGCCCUCUUGUCCUUGACCGUAGUGUAUCACAGCCUCGAGAAGAUAGCAGCUCAUUAUACGGGCGACAAGUUAUCCGUGUUUACAGACGACGGGUCAGGGCGCACAUGCAGGAGCUGUUAUGUCAGUACCUUUGCUGGACACUGCAUCUCCAUUAAGGUAGAGGUAUUUUACGCCCUGAGAGCCCUGGUCCCUGGCCUGGCACAGGUUGCUGCUGCACAGCACCACCUAAGAUUCUAUCGCUGGAAGGCCCCAAGCCCACCGCCCGGUAGACCCACACCAUAAUUUGUGACAACGAGUGAAUUGAAUCCACUGAUGGCCUUGGUCCUCCGGGGAUCAACCUGUAGGGGGGCACCGCAUCAUCCACUCUUGUCUCCAUGCCCUCGGGAGAUCUAAAUGGUACCAUGUACAGGACAACCUUGUCCACCCCAAUCACUGUCAACAAGGUUCUUUUGAAUUUCGGCAUACAUAAGCUAGCCCCCCUCCUCUCACCUCCCUGCCCACUUCAGAGCUUGGGGGUCCGAAAGACAAAGAAACGACAUCGUCACCGUUAUAACCAGUCCAGUCGCCGCCUUGAACCACAAACAUCAACCA